CAAUAACGAUAGUUUGCAGGCUAUUCACGAUAAUUAUGCCACUGUAUUGCUGCUUCUAAUAGUAGUGAACUCCUUCUUGCAGUGACAGUACGCGCAAAGAAUAAGCAAUCGAUGAUAGCAGCUCGCGCAGAUGGCAUCUUCCUUUCUGACAAAUCGGCAACGAGAUGAGCUACACGCGUCAAUACUUCAGUACUUGGCUGCCACAGGGCAUCGGCAGGCUCACGAUGCUUUGACGAAAGAUCUGAGUCUUGAUUCCAGUUAUGAUGAAGACAAGGCAAAGUACGACGGGCUAUUAGAAAAGAAAUGGACCAGCGUCGUGAGGCUGCAGAAGAAGAUCCUAGAGCUAGAGUCAAAAGUAUCCUCUCUCCAAGCCGAGCUGGAUAACGUGCCUUCCUCCUCUCUGACAGUGAAGGAUCCUACAACUUGGUUGCCGCGAAUUCCAAAGUUCACCUUACUAGGCCACAGGCAGGCCGUCACCUCAGUCGCAUUUCACCCGGUCUUUACUCUACUGGCAUCUGGAUCAGAAGAUACUACUAUAAAGAUUUGGGACUGGGAGCAAGGCGUCUUGGAGCAAACGCUCAAGGGCCAUACGAAAAGUGUCACUGAUCUGGAUUUUGGCGGGAGACCAAACGAGAUACUGCUAGCAAGCUGCUCGUCGGAUCUCACAAUCAAGAUAUGGAGCGAAAGUAACGGCUACAAAAAUAUAAAAACGCUAAAAGGUCACGAUCACACAGUCUCGUGCGUUCGAUUCUCGGCCGAUGGAGAACGAUUAGCUUCCGCAUCGAGGGACAAGACAGUUCGCAUAUGGGCGGUUGAUACUGGCUACUGUCUCAGGACGAUUACAGGUCAUACUGACUGGAUCAGAUCGAUUGACCUAUCGCUGGAUAGCGAGUCGAUCGUGUCUGUCGGUUCAGAUCAGAGCGUGAUGGUCAACAGCAUCCGAGACGGUGACUGCAAAAUCAAUUUCCAAGCACACGAGCAUGUCAUAGAGUGCUGCACAAUUGCACCUGUAUCGAGUUAUGCCGCUAUUGCUUCACUCACAGACUCUAAAACGCCGAUCGCAAGCUCUUCAAGACAGCUGGAGUACUACGCUACAGGGGCGAGAGAUAAGCUUAUCAAGCUAUGGGAUUCAAGAGGUAAUCUGAUCCACACUUUUGAAGGCCACGAGAACUGGGUCCGCGCAAUUGUGUUCCAUCCGGGUGGCAGAUAUCUGCUCUCUGCGGGCGACGACAAGAGUAUUAGAUGCUGGGACCUGACCCAAGGCGGAAAGUGUGUGAGAACUAUCGACAACGCUCACGAUCACUUUGUCUGCGCGCUGAAAUGGGCGCCGUCGGUUAUCACAAAAAGAGCUGCUAACGGCACUGGCUCCAGUGCCGGCGCCAUCAUGGAUCCGAGAGGUAUUCGUUGCGUUGUUGCCUCUGCUUCGUCGCAUUUGGAUAUCAGACUGUGGAUAGCGUGAGGGCGCAUAUUACUCAUUUGGAACGAUGUAUAUGACACUGCACUUCUGUAAAAUAAAGCUACGAUGUAAUGAUAAGCAAUAUUCCUCAG